UUUGCCUAACCAAAAGUACCCUUGAUACAAUCAAUCUAAAUUCUCACGGUUGCUUGACAAGAAGAGGCUUCUUGCUUUAGUUCAACGCUCUGAUUUGGGUUCGCAUUCGCAUAACUUGCUCAGAGAUUCAAAGCAUCAAAGAGGAAGCAGCUUUGCCUUCGCAGGUUAUUUUAUUGCAAGAAAUGGGUUUGUGGACUUUAUUGGAGGGCUUUCUGCUUCUUGCAAAUGCAUUUGCAAUAUUAAAUGAAGAUCGGUUUCUUGCACCUAGAGGAUGGAGCUUCUCUGAAUUCUCUGUAGGACGAACAAAGUCUUUGAAAGGCCAGCUUAUCGGUCUCAUUUAUGCCACCCAAUAUAUGAGAGUUCCACUUAUAAUACUCAAUUCCAUUUGCAUCUUUGUAAAGCUGGUGUCUGGAUGAUGAUGCUAAGCAAUCAUGGAGUUUGGCUAACAGGAUUGUAAACAACAUUUCUUUUUAGAAAGGCAGAGGAGGCAUACGAUUCAGGAAAUCCAAGACAUGAUUGAUUUAUUUGGAAUAUCCUUUCUCAAAAACUAGUGUUUUUAAGGUUACAUAUGUUGCGUAAAAAAAAAACGAUGAGAUGUGGGGUGAAAAUGGUGUGGAUUCAGGGCCAUUUUAUAAUUGGUGUUUGUAUUGUUUGACAAGUUUCAAAAGUAACUAACGUUCUAUGACAUUUAGUGUUUUGUUGUCAA